AUGUCCAUUUAUAACGCAUAUCGCCUGUAAGUUCCUCAAACUCAAACUGUUUUCCUUCCUCGCGAAACGUGACUUUCUACAAAAACGUAGCUUAUUACCAAUUCGGUCAAAAAAUGCGUAGAAUCGUCCGGUUUGGUGUAGACUUUUCGAACUUGUAGUGUAUGCCAUGAUAUUUCAGAUAUGAACUCUCAAAGGUCCUUUUCAUCUAGUUUUCGUCCUCAAGAUACUAUUAUAGUAUAUUAGGAAAAAAUAAGCUAGAAACAAUUUGGCUAGCCACGCAAAUUAAAAUUUUAAACCGCGCUGCAAAAAAAAAGUUCGCAAACUUGUUUUACAUGGUUCUUAGGACUUAUACCACAAUUUAUGCUAAUCUACGCUUAACUCUAUGAUUAAUAUACCUGUAAACACAAGUAUAACUGUAAAUAUUAACCACAUCCAUGUGAAUAUCAAGUUUAAUAUUGACAUGGGUGGCGCUUCCUUUUCACCUGUAUCCACAAAUGCACCCAGCGGGAGGGCGGAUUAAACCAAACCUCAAACAGACUGCAUUAAGGCUGCCUGUCCUUUGUAUUAAUUUCACUCAAAUUCCACUGACGUGGGGCGCAGCUCGCCGCGACGCCGAAAAUUAUUACUUUUUUUCUAUCGAUUCUCUCUGACCUCGAGUUUCGAUAGCGACUCAUGGAGCUCAUGUAACUUUUUUAAAUUCAAUUUUUCCAAAUCUUUAACUAUUAUUUUUUUCAAAUCUUUGAAAUUUCAAACUUAUUCUUACUGUAAUUAUAUUGUUUUAGGAGGAAAAUCGAAGAGGUGGGCAAAAUGAACGGUCUGUCUCAAGAUGAGAUUCUUCAGUCGACUCGAACGGUUUGCCAAGGGUUAGAAGCUUUAAAAGACGAACAUGAAACUAUAAAAGGACAGCUGUUAAGCACGGCCGAGAGCUUGGAGCCGCAGGAACGGAACGUGGUCGAGGAGAAGGUCAAUCUUCUCACGAAAAACCUGGAAUCCAUACAAUUGGGCAUUGAAGAGGCUCGUGUAAGUACUCUUUUUAUUAUAUAAUGUGUUUAGGUAAAAAGUAGCUUUAUGGGAUCGCAUAUUAUCACAAAAUGUCUAAACUUUGUUUAAAAACGUUGAUUUAGAUAAUAAAAUGUCGUUUUAGGUAAUGGUCGCCCUUGCCACGCAUUUACAACAUGGAGAGGCGGAGAAGCAGAAACUAAAAAGCCAGGUGAAACGACUAUGUCAAGAAAACGCGUGGCUUCGAGAUGAGUUGAAUUCUGUUCAACAGCAACAACAGAUUCUCGGGCAACAAGUUGCGCAACUAGAAGAAGAAAAUAAGCAUUUAGAGUUUAUGAACUCCAUCAAAAAGUACGACGAAGAUCAAGUAAAUGAACCACGAGAUGUCUCCGUGCAUCAGAAUCCAGAGAAUCACCAGAGCACGCUACAAGAACUCGGAUUCGGUCCAGAAGAUGAGGAUGAAAUGCAUGGUAAUAGCAACUUUGGCGUCGUACAGCCGACUCCUCCGAACUUAAUGGCAGCUAGUGCGAGUGGGGGGUACGAGAUCCCACACAGAUUAAAGACACUUCACAAUUUGGUAUGCUUUUGUGGUUAUUCUGUUUAAAAUCUCAUUGUUAACGUAAUUUGUAAAAUAUUGACACAAAUCAAAUUAAUAUGUUCAUUUCUGUAAAAUUAUGCUAUUCUUUACAUUUUAGGUAAUUCAAUACGCCUCACAAGGACGAUACGAAGUGGCAGUACCAUUGUGCAAACAGGCAUUGGAAGACUUGGAAAAAACUUCGGGCCACGAUCAUCCAGAUGUCGCAACGAUGUUGAACAUUCUGGCGUUGGUGUACCGAGACCAACAGAACUUCAAACAGGCAGCUAGUCUCUUGAACGAAGCUUUAAAUAUCCGUGAGAAGUGUCUAGGAGAAGAUCACCCAGCUGUAGCAGCCACCUUGAACAACUUGGCCGUGCUGCACGGAAAGCGAGGAAAGUACCGAGAAGCCGAACCCUUAUGUAAAAGGGCAUUACAGAUCCGAGAGAAGGUGCUUGGUGAAGACCAUCCGGAUGUGGCCAAGCAGUUGAACAAUUUGGCCUUGUUAUGUCAGAACCAAGGGAAGUAUCAAGAAGUGGAAGCUCACUACAAGAGGGCUUUGGAGAUAUACGAGUCAAAGUUAGGGUUGGACGAUGCCAAUGUAGCCAAAACCAAGAAUAACUUGAGUUCAGCUUACUUGAAGCAGAGCAAGUAUAAGGUAUGUUGUCUUGUUUACCUUUGACCAAAUUAGAUUUAAAUGUUGACCUAACUCGAUGUUUAUACCUUCGUCUUGUUUGAGUUGGAAUAUCGAGAUUAAUGAAACUCAUUCGAAUCGUUUAGGAAGCGGAGGAAUUGUAUAAACAAAUUUUGUCGCGGGCCCACGAGAAAGAGUUUGGACCUCCGACCGCAGAGCACAAGGUUAUUUGGCAAAUAGCUGAAGAGCGAGAGAACCAGAAGGAGGCGGACCAGGCUGAGAACCUGGACCAGAUAAGAUGGGUCAAAUGUGUCAAGGAACAGCCGGCUGUAGCCGUCACGCUGAAGAACCUGGGGCUUCUGUACCGCAAACAAAACAAGUAUAAUGCUGCGACAGUACUAGAGGACACCAUUUUGAGGGCUAAGAGAGAGGUACUGAUGUCUAAUGUUUCUAAUAAUGGGUCUGCUGCUUCUCGGAAUGUUUAGUUACCUAAAGUUUGUGGAAGUUGGUUUUAAAGUUUGUCUAAUUAUCUUUUAUCUCCAGAUUUGCUUUUAUCUAUUAUGUAUCAAUAUUUCCAAAAAACUUUUGGUUUUCUAUUUCUAACGCCUAACCUUAUGUGCAUGUGUUUCAUUUAUAUUUGAAGUGCAUGUUUGUAUGGUACAGCACAUAUCAAUGUGUCUUGACUUUGGCUUAUUGUGAAUGCUUUUAGUUGGACCCCCAAAACGCUCCCCAGCCUUCGAUGAACGAGGACAUAAUGACACAAUCCAUGAAUCGGAUGACGAUGAGCACAUCACAGUCCAGCAGCGGCCUCAGGUCACGAAUUAUGAAUGCGAUAGGACUAGAAAGGAACGGCCAAUAA